UAAUACUAUAUGGCUUCUGCCACUACCAAGGUAGAGCAACUUACAUGGACGCGCGUCAGUCACUGUUAUCCGAAUCACAUAUUUACGCGGGUAAAUAAAUUAUUAAUAAUGACCGAUUAUUCGAAUAGUGAAAGUUAUAACGUACAAAAUAAUUCGAACAAAGAAUCCGAUGAACCUAUAGACUUAGACGAUUUAUUGCCCAAGAUUGGCGAGUUUGGAAUUUAUCAGAAAUGUUUGUUAUGGUUCGUGUGUUUGCCCGCUUGUUUACCAUGUGGAUUUUGUGCAUUCAACCAGCUCUUCAUGACAGACACACCAGACCAUUGGUGCAAAGUACCCCAGUUACAAAACUUCUCAUUAGAGGAACGAAAAAUGUUGUCAAUCCCGAGAAAGGAAGCUGAUAACUCUACUUUUGAAAGUUGCGUUCGUUAUUCUGUUAACUGGACCCAAAUAUUACAAGGAAAUGGGACGAUUGUUGUGAAUCAAAGCUGGCCACGAGAAAACUGUCUAGAUGGAUACGAAUACGAUACCUCGGAAAUCAUAUCAUCUGUGGUAAUUGAUUUUGACUUAGUCUGCGAAUAUGAUGUCUAUCCCACUCUUGGACUCGUGGCUCUGAAUGUCGGGGGACCAAUUGGAGUGUAUUCUUUUGGAUUAUUGAAUGAUCGGAUCGGAAGAAAAAAGUCGUUCUUUGCAUGUUUAUCAACAUUAUUACUUGGAAGUUUAAUGACAGCAUAUGCCCAUGAAUAUUGGUUUUGGGUAGUAGCCAGAGUUAUUGUUGGACUAACGAUACCAGCUGUAUACCAAAUUCCCUUCAUUAUAUCCCUAGAAUUAGCCGGCCCUAACUACAGAUCUUUCGUAACUGUAAUGACAUGUAUAUUUUACACUUUGGGUCUAAUAUUGUUAUCUGUAGUGACGUAUUUUUUACGUGAUUGGAGAUCUCUGGCGUUAGCUACCUCAGUACCAUUUUUUCUAUACUAUCUCUACUGGUUUAUUUUACCCGAGUCGCCAAGAUGGCUGUUGAUGAAGGAGAGAAUAGAGGAAGCUAAUAAGGUAUUGCAAUCAAUAGCGAGAGUAAAUGGGAAGCCUUUCCCAGAAGAUUACGCAAAUAAAAUGCAAAAACAAGUUCUUGAACAAAAGCAACAUGGUGCGAAAGAAGCAAAAACUGUGAGUGUAUUCGCAUUAUGUCGGACUCCGAAUAUGAGACUGAAGACGUGUUUAAUAACGCUUAACUGGUGCGCAUCAGAAAUGGUAUACGUUGGCUUAAGUUACUACGGGCCAGCAAUAGGAACCAACCAAUAUAUAAGUUUCUUUCUUUCAUCAGCAGUUGAGAUCCCGAGCUAUUUAGUAUGCUGGGUUCUUAUGGACCGAGUUGGAAGAAGGUGGCCUCUUUGUUUGUCUAUGGUUAUUAGUGGUAUAUUUUGCAUAGUGACUGUACUUUUACCAGAAGAUGCUGAAAAUGAAACUCUUAUUUUGUAUUUAAUAUCAAAAUGUUUCAUAUCCGCGUCGUUUUUGAUAAUAUAUCCAUACGCUGGGGAGCUGUAUCCAACGGAAUUGAGAGGGAUCGGUAUUGGCACUUCAGCCUACAUCGGUGGGCUAGGCUUGAUAAUCAUACCUUUCAUAAACUAUCUUGGCAGCAGCAACUUGGUAUUGCCUUUGGUAUUAAUGGGAGCCGUUUCGGUAUUAGGCGGUCUCACGGCGCUACGCUUACCGGAAACAUUACACACCUCUCUACCACAGACUGCAGAAGAAGGCGAGGAAAUUGGGAAGGAUUGGACUUACAAGGACUGUUGGAGUUGUGGAGGACCUAGAAGAGCAGCAUCUGAAGGUGAUUCAUAUGAAAACCUGGAUCAAUUAGAGCUGACACAUGCCCCAGUUUUAGAAGAUGAGGUGUCAGAACUGAGGCCAAUACGGCGCAGCUCCAUGAAGAAACUGGUGCGGCAGUCGAGCACGCUGGAAACACAACGCGACACUGACGGGAGCUUGAAGAUGACUUACUGGUUUUAAAUAAUAUAUUUUCGAAUAUACUCCCUUUACAGAUUUUAACCUCACUUACCCGGCUUCUUCCAUUUGAGUUAAUUCUUUCAUAAAAGCUCUCAUAAGUACCUGCAGUUAUCGCUGUAUAGUUGCGAUAUCGUGUAAUUUUCGAAGUGAAAACUUCUUUAGCAUCGGUGUGAUUUGAAUCGGUGUGUCGAUGAAACGAAAAAGCGAGACAGUAAAAAGAGACAGACACAUAAAUUCAUAAGAUUUAACGUGGGAGAAAAUGAGAUAGGAAUCAUUAUACAGUGUGUUGGUAUCAGACGAUCAUAGUUGAAAAAGAGGUGGUCAUAAGUAUGACGCGAGUAUACUUUAAUAUAUUCUGACGUCAUGCGCACGCGUAUUAGUACAUAGACACCAGGAGAACAUAAAUAUGGUAGCGGUGAUAGUAAUGUCUUUCAUAGCGGUUGAAAUCAUGUGUCAUCCUCACAACAUGUACCAGGACUUCAUAUGCAGUUUAGAGGUUUAUGCACAGUGCAUAUUUCACUUCUGGCAUGUGUACUUUGUACGCACGCGUUUUUUUUUUUUUUUGUUAAUGACUGAUCCGAGUCUAUCAUCUUCCGUUCCAAAACAAAACGAGUUUUUAUUCAUCACCAAGCACAAGAAAGGCGAAAAGAGUGUGUUGAAGAAAGGCUGAACUAUAAGGUUAAAAUGGUAAACUUAAAGCAUUGUUUAAUUUUAUCGACACACUCAUGAUUAUGGUGAUCAAUUACUACCGCAUUCCUGAACUCUGCAUUCAUCUCGCGCGAAUUCUGUGCCGCGGUGACGACAUACAACCAGCUGACUCGUAUGUUUCCUUUCGUAUUACCCGUAUGGUCUUCCUUAUAAAAUAUCCUUAAAAUAUUUUUAUACUUGGAACAAUAAGCGAAAAAUUAUUUUAAUAUCACACAUAUGUAAUGUUUCGCCCUCAAACAGGUCAUCCUUGAUUGCUAAAUCACAGUUAUGUGUGCCGUCGGACGAAAUCGCCUAUUCAAAUAUUUUUAUCAUUUAGAUGAUUAUUAAGUAUUUUCGUAUCGCUUUAGUAAGACGAGUGACAAAUUAGUUUAAAAGUUUUAUUUUGUUAUUUUAGGAUAGAUAGGAUGAAAGUUCGGAACAAUUAUUUAUAUACUUAAAUAUUUUAUGGGGCUAUAUUUCUUAUCAGUGGUUAUUAUACUAUUCACCGCUUUUUCUUUUAUGAGUAAUCAUAAUUGGUGCUGGAAUUUGAAACAAUAUUAGGCAUUGCAAUAGCUUUGGUCAAACGGGAAGCGGCUAAACCUAAGUUUGAGUGUAAGACAAGAAUUGUAUUGUGUUUAUUUUGUAGGUAUUGUGUAGAUAUUUAUAAUAACAGUUAUGUGAGUUAAAUGUUUAAGUUGUAGUGUUGUUUGGAAUAAAAAAAUAAUAUCUAUUAUAGUCCU